AUGGUGCUCGACAAGCCCGUCGCGGUGGUCGCGGUGGUCGAUACCGCGCAUCCAGGCGACACCGGACCCCUGGAGCGAUGGAUGGACGCUAACCCACUGGCGGACAUCCUGUGCGUGCUCGGGAAAACCGAAGGAAACGGGUGCGUGAAUGACUUCACGCGAGGUUACGCCACCAGCGCCAUCCAGGCUGCGCUCGGCAGAGUGCGUAGCCGAAGGAUGGGCGCGACUGCGAACGACGACGAACGCAAUCGACAAAGCAGUUUCACUGCCGAUCCAGCCAUCAUCAUGAGCGGCGGCACCGAGGGCGUCCUGUGUCCCCACUUCAUCGUCUUCGCCAAUUCGUGGGACGAAGCGGACGCGGAUGAAAAUCACGACGACGACGACGACGACGACGCGGCGUUCGAGCUUCACGUGACCCGGACCAGAGACUUCAAGCCGGAGGAGGUGGGCACGCCGGUCAUGGCGCGAGCGACCAGGCGAGCCAUCGAAGAAUACCUCGGCUACGGCGGGAACGCUCCGAAUUGGGAUGACAUGUUCGUGCAGAUUAAGUGCCCGCUGCUCACCCCCGAGCGCAUCGCGGAGGCUGCCGCUCGAGGAGAGACGUGCGCCACCACCGACUGCUACGAGUCCAUGGCGCUCAGUCGCGGCGCCUCCUCCCUCGGCGCCAUGGUCGCGGUUGAAAGCGCCCUCGGCCGAUAUUCGGCACCAGACGACGCCAGGGUCGACGACGCGGUGUACGCGAAAACAUGCGAGGAUUACUCGGUUUUCUCGGACCACGUGUCGUCCUCCGCCGGGGUGGAGCUGAUGCACUGCGAGAUACUGAUGAUGCUGACGCGAAGACGCGAGCCCUCGUCGAAGACCCCUCGCUCAAAGUUUCGAAUGGCGCGCGGUCGCAUGGACGACGCCAUCGACCUCGCCGGGGUGACGCGUUGCGUCGAUGCCGCCCGCGGUUCGCGCGGGACGAAUACGAUCGUCACGGCGAUCGUCAAGGCGGACCCGGCGGCGUCCGUGCGUGGACGUCGGACGACGAUGCUGUCGGACUCGGACAUUCACGCGACGAGGCACGCCAGAGCCGCGGUUGGGGGCGUCGUGGCGGCGGCGGUGGGCGACUGCAGGGUGUACGUGUCGGGCGGGGCGGAGCAUCAGGGUCCGGACGGGGGAGGGCCGGUGUGCGUCAUCUCGCGCGUGGGUGGCGCGCGAGGGUGA